AUGGCCGCUCUGUGCGGUCGGCCGCGGGAGAAAAAGAAAAAAGCUCGCGCCAUGGAGGCGCGCCUCGCUCUCCUCGUCUGCUGCUGCUGCCUCCAUCUCUCCUGCGGCUCCAGCGCCGGCGACGACUUCUACUCUCUCCUCGGUGUCUCGCACGACGUCGACGACAAGGGGCUCAAGAAGGCGUACCGGGCGCUGGCGCUGAAGAACCACCCUGACAAGGCGACCGGCUCUGACGAGGAGAAGGCGGAGGCGAAAGCGAAAUUCGUGCGAGCGGGCCGCGCGUACGAGGUGCUCUCGAGCAAGGAGAUGCGCGACGUCUACGACGCCGUCGGAGAGGAGGGCCUCGAGCGCGACCCGCAUGAGCUGUUUGCCGCCGCGUUUGGGCAAGGGUUCCGGGUGCCGCUAAUCGAGCAGCUGGCGGAGGAGCUGGCCGGCCUCGUCACCCUCGCCGCGGUCGACGCCGAGGCGCACCCAAGCUUGGCGCAGGAGCUGGGCGUGCAGCGCUCGCCGACGCUGCGCCGCUUCUGCGCCGGGCCGCAGUGCGACUCUGCCGCCGCCGAGCGAUGGCCAAAGGGAGACGAGUUUUGCGCUUCGGAGCCGUCGCUGCGCCGCUUGUCCGCGUGGGCGUUGGCUCCGGUGCGCGAGGAGCCGGUGCAUUCGGUGCGCCUCUCGCGCGCCUCGCAGCUGCCCGCCUUUUGGGACGGGAAGCAGGGCCUCGCGAGCGACGUGCCAAAAUCCGUGCAGAAGGGCUGCAAGGUGGACAAGCCGUGCUCGAAGGGCGCCGCUUUCCCGCUGUCCGACACGGACGCCGGCGCCCGCUACGCGUACCACAUCAAGGCCAAGUGA